AUUCGGGAACUCAGAUUCAUCGAAAAAAGAGAAUGAAUACUACAGUGCCGCGUUCUUUUCUGGUCAAAUCACCUUUCAUCAUAGCAUUAUUCAAUUUCCGUCUCUUCUUUCGCUUUUUACUGGGCGCAUACGCUUUCUGUUUCUGGAGUCGUGAAGCGCCUGCCAUUCGUAAGGGCCCAAUCCACCCAUCACCCAAUCCCCAUCUUUACCUAACCCUUUCCCCGGGUCCCAAGGCGACGGACGACGUGACACCACAUCCUUGCCUACCUUGGUGUACUCUCCGCCCGGAGGAGAAAUCCCAGCAACAGCGGUAGUAAAAUAGUUGGCCCCAGUACGGGGGACCCGGCCUCCUGUGGCUUUGUGGAAAAGCGGGAGUCGUGCCGGAGAGCGGAGUCGAGUUGAGUCGGGUAAGGUGCUUUUUCCACAGAGGGGAGCCAUACUUUAAACUGUGCUCUCGACAGCUGACCGGGCUCUGUCCACGAUCCUAACCUUUUAUAAAUAUCUGGGGACAUACCAUUCACUGAGCUUCUUGUUUGGCUCUCUCCAUUCAGUUGGCAAGGGGUCUGCAGAAAGGAACGAGCUUUGUCUACCUAGCCUAUACUAUACUAUACAAUGUCGCAACUCAAAGGAAGGCCCCUUGACUGGGCCAUCACGGUCGCUGCAGGGUCAGGGUUCCUGCUAUUUGGAUAUGACCAGGGAGUCAUGAGCGGAUUGCUCACAGGAUCGGCGUUCACAAAACAAUUCCCCUCGAUUGACACGACAGACGACGGCCACGGGAGCUCUUCACUGCAGGGAACUGUGGUUGCAAUAUAUGAGAUCGGAUGCUUCGCGGGCGCGCUAUUGGCGUUUGCCUUCGCCGAAGCCAUUGGCCGGAGAUGGACCAUCAUGCUGGGUUGCGUCGUCUUGACGAUUGGCGCCGCAAUCCAGUGCUCUGCAUAUUCUGUCGCUCAGCUGAUUGUGGGACGUAUCGUCGCCGGGGUCGGAAACGGCCUCAACACAGCAACCAUCCCGGUUUGGCACUCUGAGCUCAUGAAACCGACCUCUCGAGGCAAGGGAUUGUCCAUCGAAUUGGCCAUCAAUAUCUUUGGUGUCAUGUUGGCGUACUGGACUGAUUACGGCAUGAGCUUCGUCGACAAUCAAGCGCAGUUCCGUUUCCCGAUUGCUUUCCAAAUCGCCUUUGCGUUGGUCACCAUGGCCACCAUAUCUGUGCUGCCGGAAUCGCCUCGUUGGUUGAUUGCACAUGGCCGGUCGGGAGAAGCGCGCAACAUCCUUUGGCGUCUGCAGCGGGACACGUCGGCCAUAUCAUCGAACGAUCACAUUGUUGAUGCCGAGUUGAAAGAAAUUGAGCACGCCCUCCAGGAAGAAAAGGAAGCCGCUGGCAAUACCACAUUCCUCGCCCUUUUCAAGAGCAGCCCGCAGAGAUUCCGUCGCCGUACCCUUCUCGGUAUCGGCGGUCAGUUCAUGCAGCAGCUAUCAGGUAUCAAUUUGAUCACUUACUACGCCCCUGUCAUUUUCCAGCAGUCGGUCGGCAUGUCCCACAACUUGUCCAUGCUGCUUGCCGGCUUUAAUGGAGUGGCGUAUUUUCUCUCGUCGCUGAUUCCCAUUUGGUGCCUUGAUCGACUCGGCCGGAGGAAUCUUAUGAUCUUUGCCUGUGCAGGCCAGGCAGUCUGCAUGGCAAUCCUGGCCGGGACAGUGAGCAACGGCAACCACGCGUGCGGUAUCGUCGCCUCCGUGAUGCUCUUCUGCUUUAACUUCUUCUUUGCUGUUGGCCUUUUGGCAAUUCCAUGGCUUUUGCCGGCCGAAUAUGCGCCGCUGGCGAUCCGUACCAAGGCCGCCGCUCUCGCGACAGCGAGCAACUGGAUCUUCACCUUCCUGGUCGUCGAGAUCACGCCCGUGUCGAUUGACAAUAUUGGAUGGCGCACUUACAUCUACUUUGCCGUCUUCAAUGCCGCCUUCCUGCCUCUGAUUUGGUUCUUCUACCCUGAAACUCGUAAUCUGUCUCUAGAGCAGAUCGACAAACUCUUCACUGGCGGCAAGGUCAUGCUUCACUGGCAUCCGAGCAUGGGUGACCCACAGGGGACUUUUGCCCUCGAGGUCAAGGCCGCCAACGAGACACCAUCCGUAUUGGAGGAGGAGGGCGCCACAGAGGACAAGUCCAAGGCGUUCGAGUGAAACGGCGACAAGAGACACACAUGUGCUGCCUGAUGUUGCGCGGGGAUCGUCGAGAAAGCUACUGUGCGAAUGUCCCUUGGUGGUUGCGCUUCGAAAUUCUGUGAAGAUUCUCUUCAUGUGGACGGUUGCGAAAGAAGCUUUCCCUGACAUUGAGAUGGUGAAGCAUACUGCCACAUCUGUGGCUUGAGUAUAACCUUCACUUUGGCCUGUUAGGGCGGAAAAUGACUGCUGCUGGUCUUCUGUUUAGCAAAUGGUUAAGGAAUCUGCAAAUUUACAAUCAAUCGUCCAACUCUCCCCAGUGGUGUUUUAGAUCUUCAGCCCUCCAGGUUGCGCCCCAGCCUGUUUCUCUUUCAAUUCGUUCGUAUACCUCGAUGAUUGCACGAUGCUCUGCAGGAUGACUCAUGACUUGACCAGCAAGCCAGAGUGGCUGGACACUGUUGGUCCAAGACCCAUGGUGGGCAUUGGAGAUGGAAAUUGCGCAGAUCUGGCGAGCGUGCCACAAGACCGAACGAGACUUCCUUGGCACGUCCUUAGGAAUAUGCUGCAGCAUCAGUAACGCUCCGGUAUGAUGAAGCUGAUUCCCUGAGAUAGCGGCGCCGCUACCGUAGAGGAUCGUGGGGAAUGGCGAUGUCUGUCCGUCUUCCGAUAUGCCCGGGUUGAGGGAGAGUAAAUGAUGCAUCUCCGGUGGACGACAGGCGUACCAUUCUUCCAGAUAAUUG